AGUACAAAUUUCGAAGCGAAGCCGUACGGUUCGGUUGCUAAAUGAAGUAUUGAAACAUUCUGCCAAAUAUUUUGUUUAAAUUUUACUCGAUUUUAUUUUUUGAAAUAAAUUUAUUGUAAUUUUUUUGUUUUUGUCCGACUUGUGCUGAUAACGAUAGGAAAACCGCGUAGCAUUUGCAGUAGCAGCACGCAUCUUGCACGCGGUUUCGCUUGGAGUUUGAACCUUAACGUACUGAGAUCAGAUACAAUACCAUUAACUAAUACAACCGAUUCAGUGAAAUAAAUUUUCAAGUUAUUCUUUUUUUUUGCAUAAAUGCCGAAAAAACUGGUUUUCUCUAAGACCGAAUUUGUCUAAAUUUUGAUUAAUUUGUUGCAAAAUUUACUGACUCAUGAAAAUGCUGUGUUGAAGCCAACAGUCGAAUAAGAAACGAAACUUUCAUUAAUUAAAAUUAAAAAUAAAAAUAAGUAAUUUUAUUUACAUAAAUAUAAAUAAAUAAUUUUAAGUGUGGUAAAAAAUACUUUUGAAAAAUGGCAGUGGAUUAUGUGCUUGAAGAUUUGAUGGGCAAGUUGGGUGAUUUUGGACGGUAUCAGGCGGCACAGUUUUUUCUACAGGUUUUGUCCGCUCUCACAGCAGGAUUACACAUGCUGUCUUUAGUAACUAUAGCUGCAAUACCUGAACAUCGCUGUUUUAUAGAUGAUGUAGAUAAUAGUUCUUUUUCGUAUGCACCUUGGAAAGACAAUGCAAUAAUCUCUUCCAUACCCACCAAACCAAGCGGAGAAUUGGACUCAUGUCAUAUGUAUGAUGCACAAAAUAAUAUUAUACCUUGUGAAUCAUACGUGUACGAUCGCACCUAUUAUGAAUCUUCGCGUACUAUUGAUUGGAACUUCGUUUGCGACCGUCGUUUUUUGGGUUCAAUUGUGCAAACUGUAUUUAUGUUGGGUGUGUUUACUGGUGCUGUAACACUUGGAGGUCUGGCAGAUAAAGUUGGUCGCAAAAGUGUUUUCUGUUGGUCAGCGUUGCUUCAACUUAUUAUAGGAGUUGCUGUAGCGUUUAUACCAGAAUAUUUCUCAUUCAUGGUUGCUCGCUUCUUUUUGGGAAUUUUUGGGUCAGCUGGCGCCUAUAUAUGUGGUUUUGUUUUAACUAUGGAAUUGGUUGGGCCAAGUAAACGUACAGUGUGUGGUAUAGCUUUUCAGGCUGUGUUUGCAGGUGGUAUAAUGCUUGUUGCUGGCUGGGGUGCAAUUAUUAAAGAUCAUCAAAUGUUACAAAUCGUUUACGGUUUGCAUGGUUUAUUAUUCAUAGCGCAUUGGUGGUUACUAGAUGAAUCACCACGUUGGUUAUGGAUGCAAGGAAGGGCUGAAGAAGCCGUUGAUAUUGUCGCGAAAGGGUUAACUAUAAACCGUUCAGGCAUACCCUUGGAUAAGGAAUAUUAUAUUAGAAAAGCUAAACAACAAGCUGCUUUAGAAGAGAAAUCAAAUGCUGGCUUAAGCGAUUUGUUUAAGACACCCAACUUACGCAUGAAAACUCUCAAUGUAUGUCUAUGUUGGUUUGCCAAUUCGCUUGUGUACUAUGGUCUCUCACUCAGCGCUGGUAAGUUAUAUGGCAAUCCGUUUUUGAUACUUUUUAUAAUGGGACUCGUGGAACUCCCAAGUUACUUCACAAUUGUGCUCGUACUCGAUCGGUUGGGUCGCCGCCCAAUAACAAGCACACUGAUGAUCGCAGGCAGCAUUUGUUGUAUUGUUGCAGCUUAUGUAGCGCAAGGUAGCACCACGUCCACAGCCAUUGUUAUGAUGGGAAAACUAUUUAUUGCUGGUUCCUUUGCUGUUAUAUAUAACUAUUCAGCUGAGUUGUUCCCCACAGUAGUUCGUAAUUCUGCUAUGGGUCUUGGUUCUAUGUGCGCACGUUUAUCUGGUGCACUUACUCCGCUUAUAACUUUACUAGAUUCAUUCGAUCCAAAAAUACCAGCUGUUGUUUUCGGUGUAAUUUCAUUAGUUUCUGGAUUUUGGGUUAUGUUCCUGCCUGAGACUAUGAAUCAACCUAUGCCAGAAUCUAUUGAAGAUGGAGAAAACUUUGGUAAGGGCGACACUUGGUUUAGUCAAUGUGCUGGUAAAAGACCGAGACAAAAUAGUAUUUAUCCAGAAGAUCCCGAACAAAUGGUACCACUGAAAAAUAUCGACAAGAAAUAAAACUUUAAUUUAGUUGAUUUCAAGAAAUAACACAUUCCUGCGAAAAACUAUACUCCUUAAACCUUUUCUCAUACUUUUUUGAAAAGGCGAUUGUUAAAAAUUUAUUAGUUUUAGUUUUUAUACAACUAUUAAGUUAUUGUUUGGAAUGCUUUCCAAAAUUUAAGUUAUAUACAAGUUUGUAUAAAAUUAAUUAUUUGUAAAUAUGCAUUUAAAUUGCUUUAAGAACAAAAAAAUGCAAAUUAUCUAAAUAAAUAAUAUAAUAAUUAUA